UUGCUCCAUCGCACACAGGCCAAUGCACACGCUCAGUCGGUCGAUUAGUUUCAAUAUGGCGUUUGGGCGGUAUACUCAUGCGAUAGUUUGUCGCGUACCAAAUAGCAUAAAACAGUGUUCUUCAGCGGCAGUUGGUGAUAUUAACCCGGAAGUCGCGAAAAAAGAGCACGAAGAGCUUUGCAAGAUACUACGGAGCCUCGAUUUGGACGUUAUCGAACUGCAAGCAGACGAAUCGACACCCGAGUGCGCGUACGUUGACGACACGGCGAUCAUAGUGAACGGCACUGCUUUAAUAUGCAGGCCUGCCAAUACUCAACGUCAGAAGGAGGUGGAUGUCAUACGGGCAACCAUUAAGAAAGAGCUGGAGAUCCCUGUGGUCGAGAUUCGAGAUACCAAUGCCCUUAUCGAGGGUGGCAAUGUUCUAUUCACUGGGAGGGAAUUUUUCGUGGGCAUCUCGGCACGCACAAAUGAAGCUGGAGCCCGCGCUUUGGCAGCUGCAUUCCCAGAAUUCCCAGUCACACCAAUCCGCAUCCCAAAGCAGCUCCACCUCAAGUCCCUCUUGUCUAUGGCCGGACCAGAUAUCAUCUGUUUGUCGUCUGGCAGUGAAUCGCAAUAUGUCAAGAGGCAAAUUGAGAGGGAAGCAACGUUCCAGUACCAGACUGUUACAGUGCCCGAUGACGAGGCUGCGAAUUGCCUGUACAUCAACGGACGACUCGUUCAUCGCCGAGAAUUUCCAGAAAGUGAUAAGGAGUUUGGCAACAAGAUUGACUAUGACCGAGUCUCCCUGUCUGCGACCGAGUUGUGCAAAAAGGGCGACGGGCUCACCAACCUCGCCAUCCUGGUGCGGAAGAGCCGGUACUUCUGAGUAUGCCAGUUCUGCGGCAGAGUGUACCUUGAUUUCACACAGGUCUCCUCAUUAGCACUCAUCACGGCACUCAUCCGGCAAUCAUCACCAUGACCACCCACACAUAUUUUUUCGUGGCAUCUUCAAAGCUUUGAAACUGCAGCUGGUAUACUUCUUGGCAGCUUACCCCGGUUUAUUUCAUCAUUCCCUGCUUUUAUUCGUUAUGUAUAGGGCCUGACUUUUUCGGGUUUUAUUUUUGGCCAAAUUCGGGGGGUAAAUAUCGGGUGAUAUUUUUCAGUUGAAAAUUCGGGUGUAUUCGGGUUAAAUCCCGUUAAGGCAUAUUCUGUCGUCAGGAAUUCGGGUGUAUUUGGGUGAUCUUUUUUUUGUUUAAUAAAAAUUUGUCUUGACAUGGAACUAAUGUUUAGCGAUGUUAUCAAACUUUAUUUUAAUGCACGCUUAUGAGUGUGCCACGCGACCAGGAUGUUUUCGGGUAGAUUCGGGUUAAACCCAAAUUUUACAGAUUUCGUUCGGGGGGGUAAAUAUCGGGCGGAUACGGGUUUAACCCUAAAAAGUCAGGCCCUAGUUAUGUACAUAUUACCUUCCCUAUUGGGCAUUUCAAAUGCCAGAUAGUGCGAUGUAGUACCCCUUAUUUCUGUUCGACAUUCAUUCCACCAUUGCUUGUACAUGGUACAAGAGCUAUGUGUAUGUCUACUGUUUUGUGCAGCUUUUGUUGACAACCUACGACUUCAGGGCAGUAGCCUACGUGCUUUCAUGUUCAAUUUCUUUGCUAGAAAGCAAUUUCCUGUUCUGCCUUUUUUAAGUUAUAUUUUGACAAACAGGGUAUACUUUUGCAAAAAAAGCAUUUAGCACAGUCUAGAUGACUUCUAUGACAUACUCCUUUCAGAAGCUUUUCUACAAUACGGUAACCCUUAACCAACUAAAUGUUAUGCAACAACAUAUUUAUGAAGGUGAACAGACUUCUUUGCAUUGCAGUUUCAUUGUGCAUUUUCACAGGAACCCCUAAGCUCUGUUGGUACAAUUUACAACUUUGAGUUUUUGCCUACUACAUGACAAUGCUUGUUCCAUUUGCCUGCAUUCUGAGUUCCAACAAGGCACCUGUUGUGAGAAACACCUCUUAUUUAACGAAAACAAUUUUUUUUUACUAGUAGAGUUACUUAGUGAUGGUUUAAGUAGUUAGCAUGAAUGGUAAACUAUCAUAAACUGGGAACUGAUAAUACUACUCCUCUGUCUGUAAAUUCUAAAGGCACCAGUCCCCUACCGAAUUCUAGUGUACAUGUAAAUAUUCAGAAUUGUAACAUCCCCUCCCCAUAAAAAGUUUUCAGCCAUGUCUCAAGCGUACAGUAAGUGCUUAGGUCUCUUAGCACAAGAGAAGCCUUUCACUGUACUAGCCUUUCAUGCAUUCUUCUGCCCAAAUUCCAUCUGCAACGUGCAUUUUUUCCCAUUGCCAGAACGUUCCAAGGUCUACACUUUGAUUGUGACCUCAUACCUGCAAACUUGUCAUUUUAUGAAAAUUCUGUGAUUAUGGCUGAACCCACUGCAGGCACUGCCAUUUGGGAAGGUUUUUUUGUUACGAUAGUAUUUGUUACAGUAGUUCUUGUGCCUCUGCUAGUCAUACAUUUGCCCGUAGAAUAGGUGCAGUGACGUGAUGUCCUCGUGAUCCAUCACGCAUUGAUCAGUUUUACAUUUCUGCGCAACGCUUUAGCUGUGGCAAUUAUGUGCUAUGUAAGAUGCAGCUGUGCCUUUCUACUUACUUGACAGCCGCUAUUUUCUGUAUGCAGCUAAAUUUUCCAAAGCAAGAUUCGUUAUGUAAACUCCAUUUAUGUUGUCUCACCAGUUGCCUAGCAACAAGGCACUAUGCAGGUCUCCUGUGUUACUUCUUUAGACACAUUUUCUGUCGUCCCAUACAACACCAAUUGCUUGCUAGUGACAGCUAGAUUUUUUUCACAUUUUCUGUCGUCCUAUACAACACUAAUUGCUUGCUAGUGACGGCUAGAUUUUUUUAAAGGAAAGAUUGCAAACUGUACCAAGCACGUGCAGCAAACUGCCAGCAGCUACAGUAAAGCAGAUCCUUCCCACUGUUCUGUCAACUGCAGCCAUGUGGCAUCUGAUACACGCAUCUCUUAUCACAGUGUCAGUGCAGUGCGCUUCCAAAAUAGGUUAGUCAGAGCAGAACGAAACCGAUUUCAAGAAAGUGAGAAACCCCGUGCCCGUAUACAUAUAGUUCACAGGUGUAGAGAGGGUGAGGAAGGUCUGUGACUUCUCACCAUGUCUUUCAACCUCUCGUUUCUCUGCUGGGAAAGAGUGUGUGUUGGCAUAGUCUCAUUGUCAUCUUUGAGAGUAGUUCCUAAGUAGAUGGAUAUAUGAGUUUGAAGGUUCCAAUACAUAGGAAAUAUACAAGAAAAUGUGCAUUGGUAAUAGUAUAGCCAAUAGUCGUGUUCAACUUGAGAAGGAAAAUAAAUGUAGUCCAUCAGCCCUCAAAAUAUUACUGCGCCGCAGAUAGGAUGGCUGAGCACAGAGAGGUCAGGCUCCCUCCUGUGCCGGAUAAUGUAAUCCACCAUGCUCACUCUGCUUCCGUAUUGGCUGUUAAGACUGACCCCAUGACACGUUCAGGUACGCCUACACACAUUCACGUCAGUGCGGUUUCCGCAAGUGCUGCCUCGGGCGAAUAAAACAAAGUGAAACAAAACAAGAUAGGUUCCGCAGAAAACGGGCUCGGACGGAGAGGAACAGGUUAGUGUUCCUAUUGUCCACAAAGGCUCACAAGGUGGAGCUGGAGUUCCCUUCGAUGUGGAUGCAUUACGCUAUGCACUACGCUACGUGGUGGCGCUGCAGUAUUCCUCCUGGCGCGCUUUUGCGGCUCCUUAUCUCCAGCGGCGUAUGUAGUUGACGGACUGGAUUUCUUUUCCUCCUUAAGUUGAACACGAGUAUGGAGGGAAAUGAAAAAUUGGGAUGCGACACGUUCCUGGUGUCCGCUUUGAGCGAGUGAUUACAACAUUUUGCUGAUACAGGUACAGAUAUACAAGGGUAGAGGGAGUACUGAUAUACAACAUUUGAUACUACUUAGACACAUCCGAUCAUUGAACGUAACAAUAUUCACCGAAAUGUGUUCCAUGAUAAGGAGAUUUUCAAGAAACAGCGGUCACAUUGUCAGUUUAGAUGCAAGAUCAUCAAAGCUAUCACUGUGCAUCUAAAUGUGAACUGUCUGCUUAGUAGCAUUGAUGGUAAUUACUUUUUUGUGCCUCAAUUGACUAGGUUUCUCAUGACAAAAAGAAUAGCACAUUAUAAAGUGCCAAGUGUUCAGGGCACAGUAAGCUCACAGUUGAAUGCGGCAGAGUACGUCAGCCACAAUUCUUUACUGAUCUCGGCUCAAACAUAGCGAAGAUUGAUUGUUUUUGCCAUGACUUGUCUGACGUGAAAUGACAUGCAGUGUCUUUGCUUCUUUCUGGUUAUUCAUUCAGCACUGACGUGAUUUGCACUCAAUGUCAGAGCUUUGUACCAGCAGCAGCAGUAGCAUCUGCAAGCCUCGCAUAUUGUAGCAGUUUUCAAAAUGAAUGCCCAUAAGCAAAGGAACCAAGGGGUACCAAUACCCUCAUAUGCCUCACUGUUCACCUAUUGAAAAGUCUUCAAUGUCUUGCUUGUCCCAUAACAGCUAGCUGAAAUGCCUUGCAAAGUUCAUUGUAUAUUGUGGUGUACUAUGAGAGUGCCUUCUGGAUAUGAAGUGGUAAUGGAUGCAGUACAAAUGUGCACCAAGUGUUUUUGUAUAAAGAUGCACUGCACAUUGUGAAGGCCAAAUGUCUGCACGAUAUUGCACAUGCUGAUGUGUGCAGCACCGUAUAUAAUUAGGGAGUGACUUUUUCGGGUUAAAUGCCUUUCUCAGAUUCGGGGGUAAAAAUCGGGCGCUAUUUUUAAAUCUGUAAUUCUGGGAGAAAUCGGGCGAUAAUUGUGGAGGUGUUUUUGUUUCUCCUCUUGUAUAUUAAGUCCUUCCUAAUAUCUCUUUUUUUGUUUUUGUUCUUUUGCGGGAUUGUGACCUUCCAGCGGUAAUCCCCGAAGGCAUAGACAGUGUUGACACACAUGGGUGUAUUGCUGGCAACGGAAGUGACCCAUUCUUACAUGUGUUACACGUGGCGACCUUUGUUUUCUUCAGUGGAAACGUCACUUGAGGAUUUUAUAGCGACUGGAAUUCGGAGAGAAAUCGGGUUUAACCCGAAUUGGUCGGAGGUCAGUUCGGGGGGG